CGCCUCAACACGGGUUUGGUUACCUUACAGACUGGAGUAGUUCGUCUAACGAUUUUCUCCAGCAUCUUGUAAUAACCAUCUCGGCCGAGAACCCCCAUUUCAAAUUGAACACCAACCAACACGAAGAUGGCAGACAGUGGACCUGGGAUGGCAGCCCUCCAAGCCUGGGGAGGCCAAGCUGUGGCGCAUGGUGCGGCCAAUCAGACCGUCGUGGACAAAGUACCAGCUGACAUGCUCCACAUGGUCGACGCUCACUGGUACCAGUUUCCACCAAUGAACCCACUCUGGCACGCGCUAUUGGGAUUCACAAUCGGCGUUCUUGGCUUCAUUUCCAUCGCUGGCAACGGCAUGGUCAUCUACAUAUUCUCAUCGACAAAGAGCCUGAAGACUCCAUCCAACCUGCUGGUAGUGAACCUCGCAUUCUCCGACUUCCUCAUGAUGUGCGCUAUGGCUCCGGCUAUGGUUAUUAAUUGUUACAAUGAAACGUGGGUGUUUGGUCCAUUUGCGUGUGAACUCUACGGGUGCGCAGGCUCGCUAUUUGGAUGCGCAUCUAUUUGGACCAUGACCAUGAUUGCAUUCGACCGCUACAACGUCAUCGUGAAAGGUAUCGCCGCUAAGCCAAUGACCAAAUCCGGAGCUCUACAGCGCAUACUCGGGAUCUGGUUGUUCUCACUCGCAUGGACUCUGGCGCCCUUCUUCGGCUGGAACCGCUACGUGCCUGAAGGAAACAUGACCGCCUGCGGAACUGACUACUUGUCAAAGGAUUGGUUCAGCCGCAGCUACAUCCUUGUCUACUCCGUCUUCGUGUACUUCUUACCUCUUCUGCUCAUCAUCUACUCCUACUACUUCAUCGUCCAGGCUGUGACCGCUCACGAAAAGGCUAUGAGGGAACAGGCUAAGAAAAUGAACGUGGCUUCACUGCGAUCAUCCGAAGCGGCUAACACCAGCGCUGAGUGCAAAUUGGCCAAGGUGGCUCUGAUGACGAUCUCUCUGUGGUUCAUGGCGUGGACCCCUUACCUUGUGAUCAACUACACGGGGGUGUUCGAGAGCGCACCCAUCAGUCCUCUGGCUACAAUCUGGGGCUCACUGUUCGCUAAGGCUAAUGCCGUGUACAACCCUAUUGUAUAUGGUAUCAGCCAUCCCAAAUAUCGCGCUGUGUUGUACCAGAAGUUCCCGGCACUGGCUUGCACGGUGUCCCCUGACGAGGGCGGCUCCGUCGCGACUGGUGCCACUGUUGUCUCCGACGAGAAGCCUGCUGCCUAAACACAUCACAUCCCAGAUGAUCAAACUACGACCGUUGCGCGCCUGCCACUGGACGAAUGAUUUUGCCAUGAGUAUUUUCAUAUGUUUUAUUUUUGUAUAAAGCUGCUUCCCUUAACGGAUUCCUUUGCUCAACACCGAUGGUCGGCAUAGUUAUUGUAAAUUAUACCACCCUGUCGUCUCGGUGCCCUACCUGUGAGACUGCUCCUCCUAGAUAUAAGAGAUUUCGAAUUUAACGACGAAUCUGGCUCUGUACUUGUAUAUUUGAUGAAUAAACUUAUUUUAGCAAGGUUGGUAUUGACCACAUAAAAACAA